GAGCAGAGCUGACCCAGCCUCUAUCACCCUGUCUUGAAUCCGUUUCUGUUGCACACCGAGAGAAAUUCAACCGACCAUGGAGACUGGAGUCCGCAUCCUCUUGGCUUUCCUCGUCCACCAGGUUGCUCAUGUGGGUGGCCAAGAGGAUGGAGGCCAUGAGGGCUGUGUGCCUGGCUUCCAGGUCAAACAUUACCAGGUGGCGUACAGUGGACCCUUCCAGAAAGGCCAGCCGCUCAUACAAGUCGAGUUUGAUGACUGUGCGGGGAAUGAAGACGUGACGUUCGAGGUGUCGGACCGCAGCUUCCGGGUGGACGGGGAUCUCAAUCUGGUUCCUCAUCAAGACGUCCCGUACGGCGGGCCAGUCCUCUUCAUCCACGGGGUCACUGCACAUGCAGAUGACGUGGCACAGGUGGAAAUCACUGGACUGCCGGUUCGGUCGUCGCACACUCUCAGGAAUAUCCUGGGUCUUGGCCAGACGCUGCCAUACAGAUCUAAGAGAUCCCUGCUGGUCCCUCCUAUGAUUGUAACUGAGAACCAGAGAGCUCCCUUCCCCAGGCUCAUUGGCAAGUCUCAUGUGAUUUCAACAGAGUCAGGGAACCACAUCUUCCGACUGACAGGCCCCGGUGCUGACCAGGAUCCCAAAGGUCUCUUCAUCAUUGACAUCGACACAGGAGAGGUGUCAGUCAGCCGCUCACUGGACCGGGAGGCCAUUGACUCCUACGAGCUGCAAGUAUCAACCACGGACUUCGCUGGAAACCUUGUUGAUGGACCCACCUUACUACUGAUAACUGUCAUCGACCAAAAUGACAACCGGCCCAUCUUCAAAGAGACACGUUACGCAGGAGAGGUGCUCGAGGGAUCCCCUACAGGCACCACAGUGAUGAGAAUGACGGCGUUCGACGCAGACGACCCCGCCACGGAUAAUGCUGCAUUGCGCUACAACAUCGUCAGGCAGUCACCAGACAAACCGUCCCCUAACAUGUUCUACAUCGAUGCGGAAAAAGGCGACAUUGUCACCGUCAUCUCCCCCACGUUACUUGACAGAGAGACGCUGCCCACCACAACAUAUGAGUUAGAGAUUGUGGCGAAGGACAUGGCAGGAAGUGAGGUGGGCCUAACAGGAACAGCCACAGCGACCAUUACCAUCACAGACAAGAACGACCAUGCCCCUGAGUUCACACAUCCGCUGUUUGAAGCAUCUGUGAACGAGGGGGCGACAGGGGUCGUGGUCAACCUCACAGUAGACGACAGAGAUGAUCCAGCCACGGAGGCGUGGAGAGCUAUCUACUCUAUAAUUAACGGAGAUCCCACACAGAGCUUUGAGAUCCAAACCAACCCAGACAAUAAUGAGGGAAUGCUGUCAGUUGUCAAGCCUCUGGACUACGAGGCCACAGCGUUCCACACGCUUCUCAUCAAAGUAGAAAACGAGGAUCCGCUGGUUCCUGAUGUUGGCUACGGCCCCAGCUCCACAGCCACCGUCCAUGUCACAGUCCUAGAUGUCAACGAGGGUCCUGUCUUCUUCCCAGACCCCCUGACAGUGACCAGGAUGGAAAACAUCCCUGUGGGCAGCUUUGUGGCUUCACUCAAUGCCACAGAUCCAGAUAUAUUACAGAUACAGAGCGUCAGGUAUGCUGUUCUGCGAGACCCAGCAGGCUGGCUGAGUGUGAACCCAGUCAGAGGAACUGUCAACACUUCAGCCUCACUGGACCGGGAGUCUCCUUAUGUCCAUGACAAUAAAUACACAGCUGUCUUCAUUGCCACAGAUAACGGCCAACCUCCAGCCACAGGUACUGGCACAUUGGUCAUCCACCUGGAAGACUAUAAUGACAAUGCCCCCUACGUGGUCCCAUCGGUAGCUCGAGUAUGUGAAGAUGCCCAUGAUAUGAACGUGGCCAUAGUUGGGGGACGAGACAAGGACCUCCCACCCAACGGCGCACCCUUUAAGAUAGAACUGGGAAAACAGCCCGGUCUAGACAACACAUGGAAAGUUACCAGGGUUAACUCCACACACUCCCAAAUCAUGCUUUUGCACAGUCUGAAGAAAGCCAACUACCAGCUUCCGUUGCUCAUCACCGACUCAGGGGUGCCCCCUUUGUCCAACAACACAGAGGUCAAAGUUCAGGUGUGCGUCUGUAAGAAGAACAGGAUGCACUGCAGCUCUGCUCACUCCCACCGCGCCAGCCUUCUCGUGCUGCUCGCGACACUCCUGCUCGCCCUACUCUCUAUCGACCACUCUCUGUCUCUCGGUGGGCCAGGGAACACUGCGAAGGCUGAGCUACUGUCCUGGUCAGGGAAGAGCAUUGACUUUUUGAUGUGUUCUUUUCUUUUCUUGUCACAGACUGUGUUUGAUCUUGUUUCCCUCUUUAAGUGGAAAGAACAAAGCCUGUUUUCUUUGUCUGCAGUGGUUGUGGUCUUUUAGGACAAGGUGGUAGCCAUAAGCCUUCAAAGUCAGAAACUCUCUGGAGUCGUUUCUUCGAUUUUGCUUCUGUUUUUAUUGCAUUAGUUGUCAUGGAGUGGAAAACAGUAUAUCUUUAUAGUAACGGUGUAAACCUAAAAAAAAAAAAAAAAGUACUAUUAUAUAAAUAUUUUAUUUUUUACCAUUGUAUAAAUAUACAGUAUUGAUUAACUUAUGUACUUUGAUUGCAAGUUCUUUGAUCACCCACACAGUGAGUAAAUAAAAAAGGAAACCUUUUUUUCUGUGAAUUUUAGGCACUAUUUCUAAAGCUAUUGAUGUGUUGACUAUUUUCUUGUAACCUCUUUUUUUUGUUUUUUUUACUUUUAAAUCUGUGAUUAAUUGCAGAAUCAGGAGUCUUGUUUUGAUGACUGCCAUGUGUUUAGGUUUGAUUUUGUCUCCCGUCAGUUCUGCCCUCUCUCUCCAUCUCCCAUUACAAGUCACAAGAAGAUGUGUAAGAAGAAAACAAAGGCUGUGGUUUUGGUGGAUAGUUUCGCUUUUUUUCUCUUGCGCUCAUCAAGAGAACGUAGCGUGUGUGGAUUUGUGUGGACGACCACCUUAAAGAAAAAGAUGACAUUUUGAAUGAGUUACGUUUGUCUUUUGCACUAAUUUAAUAAAGCCGUUACUGAAAAUUCCCACAACGCUGUUCUGCAAAUUGUGUUCACUGAAAUGCCAUUUGACCUCUAGUGAAAGGAGUUGUGCACACAUUUACAGCAGUUGUUACCAUGUGAGAAUGUCAUUAACAUUUUUGCAUUUUAGUCAAGCUCACUUAAAGGAAUAGCUAGACAUUUUUGAAAAUUUGUUUAUUUAAAAGCCAACAUCUGGAGGCUGGUUACCACAGUGAUUUGUUUUGGUUGAUCAGCUAAUGA